AAAAAAAAGAGAGAGGCAGGAAAAGUUUUUUCAGAGGAAAAUGCAGGGUUUGUCCUUAACUCUGACGUCAGAUCUUGCUUUAAUAAAACACCCCCAGGGCUGUGGGAAGAGGCAUAUCUGCUGCUCCUGAUGGGCCAGGCCAGUCUCUCGGCCCAGCUCCCCGGAGAGGCAGCCGGAUCCCUGGAGAGGCUGCUUGGUAGAUGCCUUUGCCCCUGACUUCCAGGCAUGAGGUGGUUCCUGCCCUGGACGCUGGCAGCAGUGACAGCAGCAGCCGCGGGCAGCGUCCCGGCCACGGCCUUCUCUCCUGGCUCCACGGCCAUGGCUUUCACCCCAGUGCCACUGGAGGACACAGCUUCACGCCCCCAAUUCUGCAAGUGGCCGUGUGAGUGCCCACCGUCACCCCCUCGCUGCCCGCUGGGGGUCAGCCUCAUCACAGAUGGUUGUGAAUGCUGUAAAAUGUGUGCACAGCAGCUUGGGGACAACUGCACAGAGGCAGCCAUCUGUGACCCCCACCGGGGCCUCUACUGCGAUUACAGUGGGGACCGCCCGAGGUACGCAAUAGGAGUGUGUGCACAGGUAGUCGGCGUGGGCUGCGUCCUGGACGGGGUACGCUACACCAACGGCCAGUCCUUCCAGCCCAACUGCAAGUACAACUGCACAUGCGUGGAUGGCGCGGUGGGCUGCACACCCCUGUGCCUGCGCGCGCGCCCCCCGCGCCUCUGGUGCCAUCGUCCCCGGCGGGUCAGCAUCCCUGGUCGUUGCUGCCAGCAGUGGGUAUGCGACCACGAUGCCAGGAGGCCACGCAAGACAACACAGCGCCACACCAGUGCUCUAGCUGCCACAGGUGAGAUGGAGUCGUGGCACAGGAACUGCCUCACCUACACGAGCCCCUGGAGCCCCUGCUCUACCACCUGCGGCUUGGGGGUCUCUACCCGGAUCUCCAAUGUCAACAGCCGCUGCUGGCCUGAGCAAGAGAGCCGCCUGUGCAGCCUGCGGCCCUGUGACGUGGACAUCCGUCCGCACAUCAAGGAAGGGAAGAAGUGUUUGGCCGUGUACCAGCCAGAGGCACCCAUGAACUUCACUGUCGCCGGCUGCAUCAGCACACGCCCCUACCGGCCGAAGUACUGUGGGGUCUGCACGGACAGCAGGUGCUGCAUCCCCUACAAGUCCAAAACCAUCGAUGUCUCCUUCCAGUGUCCCGAUGGGCCUGGCUUCUCCCGCCAGGUCCUAUGGAUUAAUGCUUGCUUCUGCAACCUGAGUUGUAGGAAUCCCAACGAUAUCUUUGCUGACUUAGAGUCCUACCCUGACUUCUCAGAAAUUGCCAAUUAGGCAGACACAAAUCACGGGGCUUGGGGCCUAGCCCAGUGUUUGCAAGCCAGCUAGCCCUCUGAGGCCCAACACUUGAGCCCUCUUCAUCCACUUCCCACUGACUUCUAACUAUCCUGAUCCAGAUCCUUGGCCCCCUGUCCUGUCUCCAUCUACCCGAAUAUCCCAUGCUGCGUACACUCCAGAAAAAGUGCCCAUCUCCAAAGAUUCUGGACAAAACCCAAGCCUGUCCAAGUCACCGGAAGUCUUGCCGGAUCUUGCCAGAGUUUCGAGGAACAGCAUCAGCUCAGCACUUAAUAUCACUCAUUUCCAUUCUCGAUCCUGAGCCAUGAGACUCUUUGGGUCUAUUCAGAAGGACUGAUGGGGUGUAGGACCCCGGACCAGUCUAUCAUCUGAGCCCUGCCAAGGGGCACCCGAACAGACAGUUCUGACCAUAGCCCACCCACGGGGCUCUGAUUCCGAAGAUCUGUGCACCCUAAAGUCACCAAAUAUUUGCCAAGUGUUUGGUUGUUUGGUUUUGAAAUUUAAUGGAAAAUUGUGUUCAUUAACCUAGGCUUUGUGGAGGUUAAGUCUGUCUUCAUCCCUGCCCAGUAAGGAUAAAAAUUGGAUUCAUUUUGGUCAGAAAUGCAAUUUGAUAACUUUCACUCUUUUUCAUGGGAAAAGUCUAGUCAAUACUCCAGGGUCAGAGCAGGGUCAGCUCAUUUUCAGAAGAAGUGUCGGCCCCUGGCUAUGAAUCUGAUGCUCAUCCACAGGACAGGGGCAGCCGGCCAGCUCGGGCUCUCAUCCACGCCCUCUCUCUGCUGGGGGGCUCGUGGGAGUUGGUAGAGCCCCUAGGAUGGCCCCUGGGGCCCCUGGGAAUGGCUUCAGGGAGCACUUCUGCUCUUGCAGAGCCCUGGGCGACCCCGUCGUUGUCCAGGCCAGCCCAGCUUGAAAUAACCGACAUAGUUAUAGGCUGGAUGUGGCUCAAACCAAGAACUGGAGCCAACUCAGCCCGAGCCUGGGGCGCCAGAGUCGGGUCAACCCCCCCCCCCCCGGCGCAGGACACCUCUCUUUCUGCCACAGGGACCCCUUCCACAGACUUCGGGUCUGUGGACCCAAACAACCCAGUUCUGGUGUGAAGACAGAGGUAUACCAGUUGUUUAGAAACAGAAAUAUAUUUUAACAGGAAUCAAAAGCCAAAAAGGGGUUGGAGCUAAAACAGAACAGAAAGCUGUUAGGAGUCGAAACGAGGUUAUUAUUUAUGUUAUUAGUAGAAUAUAAAUAUUUACUGUUCUCUUUCUUUUAUUUAGUACCUUUUGGGCCCCAGACUAGUUCUCAGUGCUCUCUGUGCAUUAGCUCCUGGAGAAGCUUUGCAAUCAUGCUGAAAAGUGCCCAGUAUUAUUUCUGUUCUCACAAAUGUGAAAUGGAAGCCCAGAGAGGUAUGGAGCCUUGACCAAAGUCGCCUGGCUGGUGAGAGAGGGGGCGGGGAUUCUAAUCCAACUCGAAAUGACUUUCUAAGCCACGUCGAUGUCCCUGCGCGUACAGCUUCCAGACGUGUCGAGCGGGAAAAUAUGUCCGCAUCACCGACUUCACGUUCUCCUUUUCUACUCUUUUUACUGUCUCUCUGGCUCCUUUCCUAAGAGAAGAGUAUCUGACUUUCUGAUAUUUUAGGUGCCUGAGCAUCCAAAAAUAUAUGGGCUAGACAAAACCCCAUGGAUUCCCUGCCGAUUCCACCCCCUCCCCAGAUCAGAACCAGCUCUCAUCAGGCAUUUAAAAGAGGAUUUUGUGUACCCAGUGCUGCUGAUGAGGGAUGUGUAAGCUGUUCCUCGGGGAAUUCUGUGUGGUGUGCAGAGGGAUUCUGGAGGAGGACCAAGGGUGGGGAAUGGGCCCACCUGACUGUACCUCCCACAUGCCUGGUCCAGUACUAGGCAUACAGUGGUGCUCAACACAUAUUUGAUGAAUUUUAAAAAAACCUUGUAUGUUUUCCUACUUUUGCUCAGAGGCUUUCUUCUUCCAAAGGUACAUGCCAGUCUAAUUUUCAUCAGCCAAGUCUUAUUUUAAGCGCCAUAGGGAAAGAGGCAUUUAAUAUUUAAAGAAAGGUAUAUUUUUAUUGAAAAAAAAAAAAGAAUUCUUGUGUGAAGAGCUUUCACCCUACGAAUAGACUCUCCUAUGAGCCCAUGUGUGUCAGAUUUUCUCAGAGUGAGAUCUGUAAAUGACAAAGACUGGGUGACAGCUAACCGCAUUUGAAAUUCAGCAGAAACCCAAGAGCUAGGUUCUUAAGGAAUUUGCAUCCCAAUUUGGGAAAAUGAGCAUAGCUUCCAAGAUCCUGGGAAGCCGAGCUGGAGAAAUCUGGGAUUGUCCUGGGACUGAGUGGGCCAGCGUGUUUUGAGAAACAGACCCGUCCAGCGCAGAGAACGCCUCAGCCCCAUGUUACGACGUCACUGGGAAGGAGGUUCGGGGCAAAUGUAAGUAAGGAAGAUCUCUCUAGCGGCCACGGUCACUCUGCCCUGGUGCAACCUACUUCAGUCAAAGUUAGGAAUAAAUAAUCCCAAUGCAAAAAUGUCUCUUUAUUGAAAGCUUACGUGGUACCACCCACUUUGCUAGCUUUUCAAUUAUCUUACUCAUGAUCACAGCAAUUGUAAGUAAGCCUCUCGUUCCCAUCUUUCCCACGAAAAGUUUGAGACUCAAAGAGGCUGAGAAUUCAGCCAAAACACGCUGGAGCCCAAAUUCCAGCUUACUCCACUGGGCCUUGCUCUCCGGGAGGCCUCCAGGCGGAGCGUAAAUGACCCCCAACCGAGUGUUCAUUGGCUGGGGAAUCCAGUGGGUGAGAUAAAUGAGCUCUCUAGACCUUCAUAACUCCUGUCCCACGUUCUGGGGUCGAGGCAAAGAAAGGAUUUGUUAACCUUUGUUGAAGAAAUUUGCAUUCGUGCUCAGAGUAAAUUUCUUGGGCUCAGGCGGGCGGAGAGAGGAAACAUGCCUUCACCAAACCACUGCUUCUUGCUAACCCUUGAGCAUUUUGGGGAGCACCCCUGAGGGCCGGGCCUGGGCUAGAUGCUUCACUGCACUAAUUUAUUCAAUCCUCAUAGCAAACCUACGAGGUGUAGCAUUAUAAUCAUUUUCCCAUUUAAGAGGUAGGACACUGGGGUCACAGGGGUUAUUUGCUCAGUGUCUUACCAACUAGUGAACUGUGGACCAGGAUUGCAAACCUGGGUCAGUCUGACACCUGAGCCAUCUUGCCUGUCACUAAGCCCAGUUAGCAUGCCCCCCAAUUAAAAGACACAAGAGACGCUUUACCAACAAGACAACAAUUACAAUGAUAAUUUCAAAGUGAUUCAGGGAGUGAAUAAAGAAAGUAGAUUCGAAUGAUAUGAUCCAACUGAUAUAAUUUCAUUAACAUUGUACUGUGUUAGAGAUAAUGGGGAAGCAAUGUAGCCCCUGACUAGUCUAUUGAAUUAGGUCACUGCCUUUUUAAGGACUUAUCUUGAUCCAAAGUAACUGCCUUAAGCCUGCAUAGCUGGGGCUCAUGAACGGUCAGAAUGGUCACCUGUGUAUCUCUACACAUACACACAUGUGUGUCUGUGUGUGUGUAUGUAUGUCUAUAUCAUAUUCAGACUGUGACUUCGUAUUUAAGUAUUCCUACUGCCAUUUUUGCAAGGGACUAAAAUACAAAAGAAGGAAUGUCUCAGAAUUUCCCAAUAGAGGAAAAAACAGCACUUGGGCAAUCUGUCAUGUUUUAUAACAUUCCUCAUUUUCUCAUGAUCUGUGUAGCACAGAACGUGUUUGUUCAAUGUGAAGGAUUUUCAUUGCUCAAAUUCCCCAUUUAUGUUUUUCUCCUUAAAGCAAUAAAUCAUCAGCAAAAUCA